AUGGCCAUGGCCAGUGACUACUGGGAAGUGGUGGGCGACACUUUCUGCGACAUACUUGUCGCCUUCAUGGAACCAGAAAACGAGUUUCUAUGCAGCAGCACCAAGUUCUUGAUGGAAUUUGAGGCGGUGAUCAGACGUGUCACCUCCGACGAGGCGGACCGGCUCCUAGACUACGACGUCAUCCCCCGCGCGAUCUGGAAGACCACCUCAAUCGAACUUGACGACUCUAACUCAUCAUCCAUGGAUAGAGCUCUAUCUGAAACACUUCGGCAGCUGCAAGUCCCACUGGAGGAGCGUAGCUCCAUGGUGGAGAAAGUACUGUUCAGAGCCUUCGAGGCGGCACAGAAACCUAGUCCUUACGCCGGUGGGAAGAGACUGCGUAUGCGGGUGAACAUCGAUAUGUAUGUGAUUGAUGACGAUGUUGAUGAGGACGCAAAUGAUGGUGGUGGUGGUAUUAUUGGUGAUUAUUAUGAGCCUAGGUUUAUGCCGGCCAGUAAAUUGUCGAUUGAGAAACUGGAGAGGACGAGUGUCCAAGUGCCAUCAACAGUGUGUUCGGUUUGUAUGGAGGAGAUUAGGGUUGGUUUCGAAGCAACUAAAAUGCCUUGUUCACAUCUUUACCAUGAGUGCUGCAUUGUAGAGUGGCUGCAGAAAAGUGGGGUUUGCCCUUUGUGUAAGUUCCGCAUGCCCAAUUAG